CUUGAUGACAGUUGAAACUGUAAAGCCUGGAUAUUAAAUAUUCAAAUCGAAUGAAAAAUGUUAACGUACUGUCUAAUUUGAUAAUUUCAGUCACUAUUUUCAAAUUAAGUUAGAUUGAUAAACAGUUGAGCUAAACUAUUACUAUUCGUUUGGUAUUUUAAUGUAUAAGCCUUAUUAUUAGUCCUAGCCCAAACUUAAAGAAAUUAUUAAUGUUAGGCCUAUUGUAAUUCCUGGUUUAAAUUUCGACUGUUCGAGUUUGAUAAGUGCCUUCUUUAGUCGAGUUUUAAAAUAUGGGUUCAUUCCGAUUGCUGUUAAUUGUAAGACAGUAGUAGUAGUAAAAAAUGCAGUUAACAUGAAGAAUUGUGUAGUUUCCCAGUUAUAAGUUUGUUGCGUGAUAUAAGUGAGAAAAUAUGUAUAUAUAUUAAAAUUCAAAGUUUAAAACUUAGUAAAUUUAACUUACAACUCCAAAGGACGAUUUCUUGAUUUGAUUGCUAUGAAUAUGAGCUUUUGUGUUGAGAGAAGUUUUACGGUACUUUGAAAAGUAAAAUGCAGUUUUAAAUAGCAUAUCUUAUGAACUGUAGGACAUUAUGAGAACAGAUGACUCCGUGAUGUUCUAUCAUUCACUUUAGUAUUCAAGCUUUAGUUGGCCUGAUUUGGUGAUUGCAAAAUGAAGAAAAUAUAUUCUGCCAUGGUAUAGAGUUCACUGUGAGCCUAGAAAAAUAGAAAUAAAAUAACUGUUAGAUUCUUCUAUGCAAAAACAAACAAACAAGAAACUGAAUCAUGCCUAAUAGAUUGUGCCCUACCACUUUAAGUAGAAUGUGGAACUGUGUUUUCAUGGUACUGCUGAUUUCUGCAGGUGUCAGCUUGAUCAUCUACCACUUAAUGGAGUAUAGUCAAAAUAAAAGUGUGUUUUCACGACAGUACUUCCAUUUCAUGCAGAAUCUGAAUAAUAGUCAACAAGAUUAUGGUUCACCACUAAAGUACUUUAAUAAGGUUUUAAACAGCAAUGAUAGUGAUAAUGAUGUGAGUUACACAAAAAACUAUACAAUUUUGUUUUGGGAACAUGGAAAGCGUAUGCUCAGAAGAUUUCUCAGAUCUUAUGGAAAAGUUGAACAUGAUCCUUUUGAAUUUUGUUCUGUGAGGAACUGCAGAGUUCAAAUUGAUGAUAUGAAUGGCUUGAAUGUGAGUGAUGCAGUUGUGUUUCAUCUUCAUCGUACACAAGGCCCCGACACACUCCCACCUUAUAGAUUACCACACCAGAGAUGGAUUUUCUUCACUGAUGAAUCCCCACUUCAUACAUUUCUGGUCACUAAAAAGUUCACUAUGAAAGACUACAAUGGAUAUUUCAACUGGAGCAUGACGUAUCGAAGCGACUCGGAUGUACCAGUUCCAUAUGGCCGUACUGUCCCUUUAAACAAAGCAGAAAAAGCUAAAAUUAAUUCUUUACCAGAUUAUGCAAAAUUAAAAUCCCGUUUAGUUGCAGUUUUGGGAAGUAAUUGCGGUGGGAUAAAUAAAAGAUGGCAGUAUAUCCACAGUCUUGAAAAAUACCUUAAAGUGGAUAUUUAUGGACACUGUGGGAAGUUAAAAUGUCCAGGUCAUUUCACUACAGAUUGUCCUAUUCUGAAGGAAUACAAGUUCUACUUAGCUUUUGAAAAUUCUAAUUGCAAGGAGUAUAUUACAGAGAAAAUGUGGUGGAAUGGGUUUCACAAAGAAUCUGUUCCAGUAGUCAUGGGUGGAGAUAAAGAAGACUACAAAAGGCUUUGUCCUCCAGGAUCAUACAUACAUGUGGAAGACUUUGAUUCACCUCAAGAAUUAGCAAAUUAUAUCAAAUUCUUAGAUGAAAACAAUACUGCUUACAACAAGUAUUUUGAAUGGAAAAAAAAUUAUAAAGUUUUAAAUGAACAUGGAUAUUUUGGAUCCCCAUCACUGCACAUUUGUCAUAUUUGUGAAGCUUUAAACUUUAAUAAGUCUCCAAAGACAUAUUAUCAUUUGGAAGAUUUCUGGAACAAAAAUACUGACUGUAGAGGAUCAGUGUUACCUUUAUAAUUGAGAAAGAUGACUUCAACCAACUUGAAAACAACGAAUUUGAAAAAUAAUAAUGGUGUUAUACUCAGAACAAUGAUUUACAUUAUUUUGGUUAUACAAAUAUAUUUAUACACUCUGCAGUUGUGAUAAUUUUACAUUACUUCUCAACAAAACUUAAAUCUAUUGAAAAAUAUCUGCAAGUUUGAGCAUUUGCUUUCUUUUAUUUAAAAACACUUUUUGAGAUUAAAAUAUAGUGUUUCACUAAGCAAAUAUUCUAUGAAAUUUGCAUUUAUCCUUUUACAUACUAAUGACACUGGGCUAGUACUUAAAAAAUGACCAGUUGGUAAAUUUUUGAAUUUCUUGUCUUUGUUUUUGCUAAUUACUUCAACAAUAACAACAACAAAAAGUUAAUGGAAUAAGUAUAUAGACUGAUUCUAAGGAACCAAUCUCAAAUAAUAAUAAUAAUGGCAGAAAACAGUUUAUCUAAAACUUUCUUUCAAAAAUUAUUUGAACAAAUUGUAAAUAAGGCUUAAUGCUGAUACAGUAGGUAGUUUUGGAACACUGGAACAAAUACUAAUAUGUAUUAUAACUUUGAAAUGGUAAUUGAAGUUAUCCUCUUCGGGUUGUCAACUUGAAAUUGUAAAGAUUGCAGAUAUAUACACAAUUUUAUCUAUAAAUCUACAAAUAUAAACAUUGACUUCAUACUUGAACAACACUUUCUCAGAGAUAGUCACAGCAAGUAUAGUGUUUAAUUAGAAUAUCAAAAAGUGGGAAAUAACAAGUUAUUUGGUUAAUUGUUUUAUAAAUAAUCAAAAUUAUUGUAAUUCAUAAUGAAUGACAAUUAAAAAUCAAAUCAGUACUUUGAAAGAAAUGUCCUCCAGACAGUGAAGCAAAUAAAUCUGUAACAGUUUAUAAGUAUCUCUGUGGUAAUAUAGCAGUUCACCUUGUUGUAAUAUUAUGUUGUUUUACCCAGUGUAAUAGUAAUGCAACAUCAAGCAUUAUGGUAAUGAUGUAAAUUAAUAAAAACCCUAUAACUCCAGUGUUUUCAAAAGGUGGACCUU